GUGGGCGGGGCUGCGGUCCUAGUGCUGCUGGUCGCGGUUACUGUGGGGUUCGGCGCCUGUGCUGGCUUCCCAGCGAACCCUCGAGCCGAGCCACACGCGGAGGGCUUAGCUGCCUGCCCCUUUUCGCAUCGCCUAUCCUGCUCCAGGGUUGUGGACAUGGACCUUCUUCAGUUCCUGGCCUUCCUGUUUAUCCUGCUACUGUCUGGAACGGGAGUCACAGGUACCCUAAGGACCUCCCUGGACCCGAGCCUGGAGAUCUACAAGAAGAUGUUUGAGGUGAAGCGGCGGGAGCAGCUGUUGGCACUGAAAAACCUGGUCCAGCUGAAUGAUGUCCACCAGCAGUACAAGAUCCUUGAUGUCAUGCUCAAGGGGCUCUUUAAGGUGCUGGAGGACUCCCGGACAGUGCUCAUUGCUGCGGAUGUGCUCCCAGAUGGGCCCUUCCCCCAGGACGAGAAACUGAAGGAUGCUUUCUCCCAAGUGGUGGAGAACACGGCCUUCUUCGGCGAUGUGGUGCUGCGCUUCCCCAGGAUCGUGCACCACUACUUUGACCGCAACUCCAACUGGAAUCUCCUCAUCCGCUGGGGCAUCAGCUUCUGCAACCAGUCAGGCGUCUUUGACCAGGGGCCCCAUUCACCCAUCCUCAGCCUGAUGGCGCAGGAGCUGGGGAUCAGCGAGAAAGACUCUGACUUCCAGAACCCAUUCAAAGUAGACCGCACAGAGUUCAUUUCCAGCACCGACCCUUUCCAGAAGGCCCUGAGAGAAGAGGAGAAACGCCGUAAGAAAGAGGAGAAGCGGAAAGAGAUCCGGAAAGGCCCGCGGAUCUCACGAUCGCAGUCCGAGUUAUAGCCCUGUCGCAGCCCAGGGUCCAAGCGGCCAGGAGGAGGCAGCGUGGCUAAAGUGCAGCGGCAUUGACUGGUGGCGAGAGCCAGCCCCUGUGAGGGGGAGGCCACGUUUGCUUGGCUCCCUGGAGCUGGCUCUUAGCUCCAGCUAAAGGGACUGGGCGGCAGGCCAGAUUUCCUCCUGGAGGGGGCUUCAAGGGGACCUUCAGAGGACAUUUUGCUGCAGACCUAACCCUGUGGAGAUGCUGAGAGAGGCAGGAGGAGUCCAGGGCUGAACCCUCCUGGUGGGUUAGGACUGCUGGCCGGCUGGCUGCUGCCCAUCAUGGGGAGGUAGCAGAACCAGGCUCUGAGCCAUGUGUGGAGGUGCCACGCCUGCUGCUGACCCCACUGUGUCACUGAGCCACCUGGCACAAGUUCUAGCCCCCAACGGAGACACAAUAAAAGCCAGCAAACCCUCUGGGUCAGCAAACCCUAGUUUGGGCCUCAGGUAGCUGUGAGGCCCUUUAUGAGGUAGGUGGCAAGGGGCCUGGGUUGGGGGACCAGGGGCCCUCAGAGAUGUAGAGAGCACCUUAGAGGAUGUUCCCGUCUCAUCUGGGGAGCUCCAGCCCCUGGCGAGGCAGCGAAAGAGGAGCUUGGCUUAGGUCUCCUAAUCCUUUCUCAGCACUGCCCUUGACAAAGGAUCCGUGUUAGGAAGGGACCAGAAGUGUCCUGGGAGGGUAUUUAAUCCCAGAUGACCUUGGAGCAACAUGAUCUCUGUCCUCAGCUAUCUGGGUACAGUCAUUGAACAGCCACAGAAAUAGUCAACUUGUCCUCUCUGGCAGUGCUGGGAGGCCCUCGACUUGUGUGGGUGGGGGCUGCAGGGGGACAGGCUGCAUCUCUGCAGAAGGCUGUGCUUUGUAAUGGCCAGGCUGCUCCAAGCUGGAUUGGUCAGAGAGUGAGCUCCCCAGCUCAGGAGGUAUGCAAGCAGAAGUCCUGAGUGGGCAGCUGCCCUUUAGUCAUGAUCUUCCUGGGCAGAGGAGGGAGAGGCUUUGGUGGGAAUUCUAGCUCUGUCUGUGACUUUGCCAAGCCAGAGUCUGUCUGCCUCUUAAAAGAGGAGAGAUAUAAUCAUCCCAGGAACAGCUCCGCCCCACCCCCCCACCCCCACCAUGACAGAGCCCAAGGGAGACCAGACUUGUCUCAGCCCAUCAGACUUGCUGAGCAACCCUGGCCCACCCCUUCUCUGUUUGUGGCUUUACUGGGAAAAUAAAUUUGAUAAUGUCCGAA